CUAAAUCAUGCAGAUGUGGAGGUACGAUUUUAUUUUUGUCUAUAGUGCAGUUGCCUGUUUUGAGUAGUCGACUUGGAAUGCGUGGGUGGGCGCUCAUUGAAGUGAGGUUGCUUCCCUUGCGCUACCACUGAGCCUGAGCUUUACUGCUAAAUUCUUGCGGAAACCUGGUUGCAGCCUCCCUUUCUGUACCAUUUCUACGUUAUUUCUUCGCAGGCGAAGAUCUCACUCAGCGGUUUCGUGCUUGGAAUUUGCUACGGGUCCCGCCGUGCAUCUCCUCCAGCGGUUGCAACCAAGCAAUGUCAGAAUAUGACAGGGAGGUCACUCGGUUGCGGGCAGCAUUGAAUCUUCGUCGCCCGGGAGAUCAUCAUCGGUUUACGGUUAUGCGAAACCUUUCUGGUGUCUUGGGGGACAGAUAUGCUCAAUACGGUGCAGCGGCAGACUUAGAGGAGUCAAUUGUCCUCGGCCGUGUGGCGCUGGAAUUGCAACCGUUGGGACAUCCAGAGCGGUCCAACUCACUGGAUAAUCUCGCAGUUCGCCUCCAUAACCGGUUCCAGAGAGAAGGUAUCGUUGGUGAUUUAGAAGAAGCCAUUUCAUCUGGACGAGCUGCCUUGGAACUUCGACCGCCAGGGAAUAGUGACCGAUCCUUUUCUCUUCACAACCUUGCUACGUUUCUUUCGACACGGUAUUCGAGAGGGGGUGGAAUGGAUUAUUUGGAGGAGGCAAUCACGCUCGGAUACUCGGGACUAGAGCUGCACCCACCUGGGCAUCCUUUCCGGGCCUUCUCUCUUCUAAGUCAGUCGACUUACCUUCAUACACGGUUUAGGGUAGAGGGCAGGAUGUCAGACUUAGAGGAAGCGGUUGCACUCGGUCGAGCUGCUUUAGAUCUUUGCCCACCUGGCCAUUUCUGCCACCCUUCCGCUCUCUGCAAUUUCGCAUCGAUCCUUGAUGGUCGGUUUACGAGUUUGGGCGAAAUAUCAGACUUAGAUGCGGCCAUUACCCUCUCGCGCACUGGAUCGGAAAUGACUCCGCCACAGCAUCGGUUGCAUGCGUUUAACCUUCAUAUCCUUGCGGGCUGUCUUUGUAGCAGGUUUAAGAAGCUGGGUGAAAUAACUGAUCUGCAUAAUGCUAGCGGCCGAGCCCGAGCAGCGUUGGCCUCGACCUUGGAGCAAAGCCCUGACCGGCCGCGUGUUCUCUGUAUGCUUUCGCACUGUCUCAGCCAAUCGUACAGGGUCCAGGGAGAAGUGGCUGAUGCGGAAGGAGAGGAAGCUGUCGCUCUUGGGGAAGCUGCUCUGCAACUCACUCUGCCGGACUGUCCGGAGAGACCACUAGCUCUUUGCACCCUUGCAAAAGCGGUUUGGUAUAGAUCCGAACAGCGAAGUUCAAUGGUUGAUUUGGAAAGGGCCAUAAAGCUUGUACAAGAUGCACUGGAGCUCAGUUCACCGAAGUGUCCUCUGCACCCAGUAUACCUUGGUCUGCUCGCAAAUUGCUUCUAUGACAAAUUCCGACAAGAAGGCAUUCUAGCCAAAUUAGAUGAGGCCACGACGCUUUCAAGAACUGCGCUGGAGCUCACCUUGCCAGGUCAUCUCUAUCGGCCAUUCUGUCUCGACACUCUUGUGAGCUGUCAUUGGCAGAGUUUCCAACGACGGUCAGUUCUCUCCGACUUGAAGGAGGCAGUUAUGCUGCGACAAGCAGUAGUGGAACUCCGCCCAGUGGGACACCCUGACUCUGUUGCACCGCGGAACAGCCUCGCAUCGAGCAUCCAAGAUUGGUUUCAGAAACAUGACACAAGCACUGAAUUGGAUAAUGUGAUCACACGUGGACGCCUCAUCCUGGAUCUGUGCCCGCGGGGAUAUCCGGAUCGUACUGUAGCUGUUGAGAGUCUGUCGACUUGUCUUAGGAAGAGGUUCCGCAAGCAAGGCACAAUCGGUGAUCUUGACGAGGGCAUUGCGCUGUGUAAGGAGGCUGCAGAACUGUGCCCAUCAGAUUGCCCCGCACGUUCCUCCUUACUCCAUGAAUUGGCGCUCUGCCUCAGUGAAGGGUCCGAAAGACCAAAUGCUGCGUUGGAGGAAGCAAUCGCUGUUGAGAAGGCUGCACUUGUACUUCGUCCACCCGGGCACCCCAGACGUGCUGAGUCGCUCCAGACUCUGGCACUUUUUCUGAGGAACUGGUGCAGGGAUACAAAUGGUGAUUUAGAAGAGGCAACACUGCAUGGCCGAGCGGCAUUGGGACUCUGUUCACCGGACCAUCCUACUCGGCCUUCCUGCCUUCAUACCCUUGCGCUUUGCCUUCGCGACAGGUACCAGAAGCAGAAUAUGAGUGCCGAUAUCGAUGAGGCCGUCACAUUGCUUCGAGCGGCUUUGGAGUUACGUCCCCAAGGACAUCCGGAUCAACCUUCUACGUUGCAUGAACUUGCGGUGUGUCUUAACUGCAGGUUCGAAAAGCAGGGUACUGUGGCCGACUUAGACGACGUCAUUGCACUUGAACAAUCAGCACUGGAUCUUUGCCUUCCAGGAUCUCCUGACUAUGUGAUUUCUCUCUCUUGCCUGGCACGCUUCAUCCAAGCAAAGACGAGGAAGCAACGGGUGGGGACGCGUCCGUAUUUAGGUCCUCAGGGUGGGCGAACGAUCAUGGAAGUCGCAUUUGAAUGUCUCGAAAUGAUUCCGAAGCGACUCCUGAAUGUACGUACCGGCAUGCUCUACGACCGGGAUGCACAACUAUCAAGUUUCGAGAGCAGCUGUCAAUAUGAAGAACUAUUGUCGUCUGCCGCAAGAUAUGGUUCUUAUCAGCAAAUUAGCCGCGUUCGUUCAGCGAUCCAUGCCCACUUCCAGUAUGUUAUGCUUUCACACAUACGGGGUAAAAGCGAGUCGUCGUUGCGUGACAUCGAAGGUCACUCUGUUUACAACCUAGCUGGGGGAGAUGGUCUGUCAAAGCUCCAAGCAUUUUGCACUGUCGUUUCGCAGCGAGGCUACUUGUGGGCGUGGAGCGACACAUGUUGUAUUGACAGGGACAACGUCAUGGAACUACAGGAGACGAUCGAGUUGAUGUUUUCAUGGUACCGGCGGUCCGCUUUGACGUUGGUCUAUCUAUCAGACGUUGCGGAACCUGGUUCGCUCUGUCGCAGUACUUGGCCAAGGAGAAGUUGGACACUCUUAGAGUUACUGGCGCCCCGCACCGUACUGUUCUACAUGAAAGAUUGGUCGCCUUACGUGGGCCGCAAGUCGUCUAACCAUAAAACGGAUUCGACUUUCCUCUAUGAACUGGAGAAGGCGACAGGGAUAGCAUCGCGCUACCUCACUGAUUUUCAUCCAGGCAUCGACGAGGCCCGAUUACGGCUGCAGUGGGUGUCGGCGCGUUGCACAACCCUACCUGAGGACACGGCGUACGCGCUGUUUGGAAUUUUUGGGCUCCAUUUGCCUAUACAUUAUGGAGAAUCUGCCGAGAUAGCCCUUGGACGUCUCCUGGCAGAAAUAAUCUCGCAGUCCCGGGACAUCUCCAUCUUGGAUUGGGUUGGAAAGCCUUCAUCGUUCCAUAGCUGUUUCCCAGCGAGCAUCACCUCAUAUGCGGCGUCCUUCCUGCCACAGCCAUUUCUGGAAAAGCCUACAUCACGGCUGUUGUUGAAGGUGUGGAAACGCGUGACCAAAAGAGCUGCAUGCAAGAAGUAUCGUUCUCUGUCCAACUUGACCUUGCCACAAUUCUACAAUCAGACACUCAAAUUACCGUGUGUUGUUCAUCGCAUAAAACUGGUGAAAUUGAUGCAAGUGGAUUCUCGCACUGCACAUUAUUCCUACCAGAUUCAAUUGGCUGGGUUGAAGCCUCUGGAACUUACAUUAUCGGAAAUGCUCAAGGAUGGAUCUGAGCAGUCGAGGGUAAAGCUCCCAUAUAUUUUAGUUCGUCCUUGGCAUUCAAGCUCGUUGGAGGAAAAUGAUGCAGGCUAUGAGCAGUGGCUGGAACAGCUAUUCAUUGCACUGCUGUUGAUGGAACUACCACAUAAUCAAUACAAGAGGAUUGCAUCUUUUUGCCGCAUUGUUGCUUACCCGGUGGAUAUCUUGGCAGGCGAGGUCACUACUUUGACUGUAGUGUAAGUAGCAGCAGUGGUGAGAUAAUUGUGCCAUUGAGCUGCAGACAAACAGGCCUAACAAGUCUAG